AUGGGCUUUCUCUACAGCCAGCUGUGCCAGUCUCUUCCCACCCCCAGUCAAUUUCAUUUUGGUAAGACCGUGGUCGUCACCGGCAGCAAUGUCGGAUUAGGAAAAGAAGCAGCCCGCCAUUUUGUGCGACAAGGAGCAUCGAGGAUCAUUCUGGCGGUGCGCAAUGUCGAAAAGGGCCAAGCUGCUGCCGACGACAUCAUCAAAACCACGGGUCGAUCCAAAGGGACGGUUCAAGUAUGGCCAUUAGACAUGGGCGACUACAAGAGCAUCGAAGGUUUCGUCGAACGAGCAAAGGAGGAGCUCGAUCGAAUCGACAUCUUCCUCGCCAACGCGGGUGUUGCCACGAUGACAUUCAACACUGUCGCCGACAACGAGGAGAUGGUCACUGUCAACUUCAUCAGUACCUUCCUCCUAGUUCUGCUCGUCCUGCCGAAGCUCAAAGAGACAGCCCACAAAUUCAACACGAGGCCCACAUUGACCAUCACGUCUUCAGAAGUGCAUGGGCAUACCAAUUUCCACGAGAAGGCCGCGCCCAAGGGGCAAAUCCUCAAUACGCUGGCCGACAAGGGCCAGGCCAACAUGACCGAGCGGUAUCCUGUGUCGAAGCUGCUCGGGGUGUUUUGUGUCCGAGCAUUCGCGAUGCGGUAUCCUUCCUGCUCAUACCCUGUCACUGUGAACUGCGUGAAUCCUGGUCUCUGCCACUCCGAGCUCGCUCGACACCUUGGUUUCGCCAUGGUCAUCAUCAAGGCUGUUUUGGCCCGCAGCACUGAAGUCGGAAGCAGAACGCUCGUCCAUGCUGCUUCGGCCGGCCCGGAGUCUCACGGCCAGUAUCUCUCGGAUUGCAGAAUCGCUCUUCCCAGCGAUUUCGUCCUGAGUGCGGAAGGGGCAUUGGCACAAGAGCGGGUCUGGGACGAGCUCGUUGAGAAGUUAGAAUCGAUUCGACCGGGUAUUAUGGCGAACCUAUAG